UUUUGAAUCGAAAAGAGAAGCGUUUAGCUCGCUCGUGGAUCGGAGGAGGAUGCUGGGCUGACGAACGGAUUAUUUAACGCCGCAAAAUGGCAACGCUUGCAAACAAAAACCAAACGCAACGAAAGUAACAAUAUUAGGAUUUACUGAAGUUAAAAUAUUUAAAGUUCAAAGUGUCUUAAUUGGCGAACCAAAAAAAAAAAAAACGACGGGCCGCGCUAGUGUCCCAAGUAAAUUUCGACUGUCGACCGAGGAUAUAUAUAGAUCCUCUGUAUAGGCAAGCAAAUAGGUUAAAUAUCUAACAUCUCAAAAUGGGAAAUCAGCCGGGAAAGCUGCACACGCAUCCGCAAAGCAAUCGUCCCAAGAAGAAUGUCCACUGGAAGUCGGCAGAGCGACCUUCACCGCCGGGCAGGCCCAUCCUGACACCAGUGGCUCUGCCGGAACAGCAGCCGGAUGUGGUGAACCUGCGCUGGGAUCGACCGCUCCAUGACGGAGGUUCCCCCAUCACUGGCUAUACGGUGGAGCAUCGGCGCAUGGGAUCACCCCACUGGGUGAGGGCCACGCCCACUCCGGUGGAUCGCUGUGAUGUGUGCAUUAGUGGAUUGGAGCCCGGAUGGCGCUAUCAAUUCCGUUGCUUUGCCGAGAACAUUGUGGGUCGUUCCGACGCCAGUGAGUUGUCCGAUCCGCUGACGGUGACUCUACAAAGGAAUGCCAUCACUGUGCCCCGCUUCAUCGAUGAACUGGUGGACACGGAUGCCGUGGAGGACGAACGCAUAGAGUUCCGAGUUCGAAUCCUGGGCGAACCACCGCCGGAGAUCAAUUGGUUCAAGGAUGGCUACGAGAUCUUCAGCAGCCGGCGCACCAAGAUCGUCAACGACAACGAGGCCAGUGUCCUGGUGAUCCACCAGGUGGCCCUCACGGAUGAGGGUGAGAUCAAGUGCACGGCCACGAAUCGAGCGGGUCAUGUGAUCACCAAGGCAAGAUUGAUGGUGCAGGCUCCUCCGAAGAUUCGAUUGCCGCGCACCUACGAGGAUGGUCUAAUUGUGGAGGCGGAUGAGGUGCUGCGUCUUAAGGUGGGCGUGGCUGGACAACCACCGCCGGCCAUUACGUGGCUCCACGAGGGCGAGGUGAUCGCCCCAGGUGGACGCUUUGAGAUCACCAACACUGAGAAGAACUCGCUGCUCAAGAUCGACAAUGUGCUGCGCGAAGAUCGCGGCGAGUAUAUGGUGAAGGCCUGGAACCGUUUGGGCGAGGAUAGCACCUCCUUCCUGGUCACGGUGACGGCCAGACCCAAUCCGCCGGGUACUCCCAAGUUGAACAUGUCCUUCGGCAAGUCCGCCACUCUCUCGUGGACGGCUCCACUUGACGAUGGAGGCUGCAAGAUAGGCAACUACAUUGUGGAAUACUUUCGAGUGGGAUGGAAUGUAUGGCUGAAGGCGGCCACCACAAGGGCACUGAGUACCACGCUCCACGAUCUGAUCGAGGGUUCCGAGUACAAGUUCCGUGUGAAGGCCGAGAAUCCUUAUGGUCUGAGUGAACCCUCGGGGGAAUCGGAAUUGCUGUUCAUUCCCGAUCCCAAGAGGGGUAUUACGAAACCGAAGUCGGCCACUAGGAUUGCAGGUGAGGAGAAGGACAGCAAGGUUAAGGAAGCAGGAUCGGUGCAGGUGCCGCCACGUCGAAAGACGCUGUCACCACCACGUCCACAUGCGGAUGCCUCCACGGGCAUGUCGCCCAAACAGUCGCCCAGUGCGAAAAGGAAGCCCAAGCCACAGCUCGUAGACAAUGAGCAACUAACUCACGAGAUGUCCUAUGGCACAUCGGAUCAGGCCUUGAAGAUGGACGUCCGCAAGAGUCCUUCGUUGAGUAGUGCGGAUUUGGCCAAUCCACCCAAGACCACUGGUUCCAAUCCCAAGCUUAAUUUAACAUUGAUAACCAGCACACUAACACCGGUGGAGAGGUCUGAACCAUCAUCGCCCAAGUCACCGAAGUCACCUACUACUACUACUACUACUACUACUACUACUACUACUACUACUACUACUGCUACACCUUUAAAACUAUUCAAUCCCAAGAAAUCGGGAGUUGCUAAGGAUAGGUCACCAGUGCAGCCGCGACCACAACCUUUGCCCACUCCACCCAAGGAGAAGCCGGAGAAGAUGGCUUCCCCCAAAUUGAGUCCACCUAACAAGAGACAUCCUGCUCCUCUCCGCAAGAGUCCAACGCCUCCGGAACCCAUUAAGAUAACACCGGCCUUGCUAAGAAGUGCGGAGCCCGUUCAACUGGGAGUCAAUCAGCAUGUGAGACGUUUCUCGGGACAAACGCUGAGCCCGGCCAGAAAUGUGCCCACUCUGGCGCUGGCAGUGGCUUCUGGGAUGUCGGCGGUUAUUGGCGAAAGACUGCCCACCAUCGAGAUUAGUGCACCACCAACACCGCAGGAGGAGGAAGCGGAGCCUUCCAUGCCAGAGCCAACUCCAUCUCCAGAACCUGCUCGAAAAUCCCAGUCCCACUCGAGACGCUUCUCCAGGUCAACAGACAAGCACGACGAAGUCCACACCAGCAAUGAGUUUAUGCUCGUUGUCUUCGACAAAAACAGCAAUCUCAAGGAUAAGGACAAACAAGAUUCCUUUGAGCUGGACCUGGAGGAUGCCAUACAGCCGCCGCCCAUUUCGAUUUCUGCCCCAGAUCUGGCCUUCCUGGAGUUCACCAAUCUGCACACCACCUUUCCGCUUCGUCGCUCCGUGAGCUCCACGGAGCUGCUGUACGAGCGGGCCAUGGCCAGGUUCUAUGAGGCAGUGGAGCUGGAGCAGGCUUCCAAGUCCCGCAAGACGUCGCAGGACAAGCUGGCCACUCCGGUGCCCCAUCAAACGCCGGCCAAUCUGCGCAAGCGUCUGGGUUCCAUUUCGGAGGCAGAACGUCUGUCCUUCGAGCGGAGGAGUGAGUUGCGUCGCCAGUCGGCGGACAUGGUGUCCAUUUCGAGAAAAUGGGACUCCCGAGAGAAUGUCAAUGAGUUGGGCAACUUGACAAGGACACACCACACCACUGGACAAUUAACUCUGGAGGCGGGUAGGAAUCUUCUGGAGCAGCGGAAAGAGCAGGAGGAACUGGAGGAGGAGCAUCUGACUGAGAGCACAGCAGAUGACAGCGAGGACAUGGACCUAGAUUUCGAUGAGGAUGUGGAAGAUGUGGAGUAUCCGCCGCAGAAACAGAAGCAGCAGCUGCAGCUGCAGCAGCAGUCCAGCAAUGAUCUGGGAUCGGACUACACGGAGAGCACUGCCUCCUCGGAGCAGGACUCCAUUGAGAAGUUCAAGAUGGAGCUGCUGGCCCGCACCCGGUCGCCCAGUCCCCGCGACCUGGAGACCUAUCAUCCGCGUACCAUGGGCGCCGGUACCUUCACCCCCUACAGGGCUCCCACUCCGGAGCAGGCGGCCGUGGUGCUCAACCGUCCAGUGCCACUGCCCAGUCCAGAUUUUGUACCCAAACCGAUCCUUAAGAGAUCCUCCAAUGAGCAUGUAGAGCAAUCGGUGAGUCCUUUGCCAGCCGAACCACUAGCCAUGGCAGUACCUCCUCCUCCAAGUGUGGUCGCCACCAAUCCCAGCACCCUCAAAAUGGACCUGGCCAAGGGCAUCAAAUCCUUUUUCAGUCGCGACAAGAGAUCGGCCACCGAGAAGAACACCGAGGCCAAUGAGGAGAUAUCCAAUCCGCUGGAGAGGACCAAUGCAGCGGCCAUUGCGGCGGACUUGGAGGUGAAGCGCAAGGCCAAGGAGGAGGAGGAGCUGCGUCGUCGGGAGGAGGAACGUCUCAUGCAGGAGGAGGCCCAUGCGGCCGUGGAUCACUAUAGCGACUUGGUGAGGGAGGUGGGCAGCACCCACCGCUAUCACACACCGCUCUACCUGGAUCGCGAUGAACUGAAAAGGGCGGCGGCCAAGGCAGCGGCGGAAACGGAUGAGGAGGACAUGCUCAGCCAUGCAGAGGAGCUGAAGAAAAGACUUGCCACCGAUGACAUGUUCCUGGCUCCACCCGUGACCAGGGAACGACGUCUCUCCAUUUCAGAGAGGGAGCAACUAGUUCAUGUGCGUGAUGCAGCCAGUGAUCUGGCCUUCCAUCGGGCUCCAGAAACUGGAGCAGCGGAGCGGGAGCACGAAUCCCCACAGCGGCAGCAUGAAGAGGACCCGGAAUACCCCACUGUGCUGGUGGUGCCACCACCCAUAUCCAAAUCCAAGGGCAAAACCGAAUCUGAGACUGAGAACGUGAUGAGCGAGAUGGUGGAGGCUCGUCCGGAUGCCAGGGGCAGGACUCGUUUGGUCAAGGUCAAGAGGGUGAUCAGGCGGCGGGUUCCCUCGAGCACUCGCUCCCGCGAUGCCUCACUAACUAGACCUGCAAUCUCCGUAAUGGAGGACUCUCCUUCUCCCCAGACAUCCCUAAUCCUCUCCACCGCCGACAGGGAUCUCCUGCAGAAGGCAGCCGCUCUGGCCAUCCUCCAAUCGGAGGAGCAGGCCCACGAGAAGGUUCGCUCGGCGCUGAGCUACUGCACGGAUCUGGUGCUCUUCCUGGUCGCCUGCUAUGUCUACUUGUUCAAGGAUGCCCGCCUGGUCCUGCCCAUUCUGGGCCUCAUCAUCUACAGGCAGCUGGGCGAGGCAGUCAGGGGCUAUGUGCCCGGCUGGCUGCGUCGCCGGAUCAAUGGAUCAACGGAGGGCAGCUAGAACCGCAUCCACGCAUCCAAUCCCCCGCCCAUACUCACAUGCGUUUAUCGGUUAAGUUAGUUUUUAUUACAUACGGCUUAUUUAUAUACGUCUUAAGGUAAAGUUGAAGGUAUAUAUCCCCCGAGUACAUUGUGCUACAAUCUGUAUACGUAAAAUCCUUGCAAGUCCUGUUCAGGUUUUCAAGACAAAGCCCUUUAGUUUGAAUUUCAAUUAUGAACAAGCCAAUCUUUAAAAACUUUUAAUAUUUUAAAUAUUUAAAAUAUUAUUAUUGUUUCAUAAUGAAAUUUUCAAAUAUCAUUAAAUAUUUAUUAAACAUAUCCUUUACUUUACUCCUAUGGAAUAUAAAGGCCAUAUUUAAUAAAUUUUAAAUUAUAAAAAAUUAUAAAAUUUAGAUGCUUGACCAUUAUGGAAUAUGUAUUUAAACUUGUAAUACUUUUUAGGAAUUAUUAAUUUGAAUUUGAAGAUAAUUUCAUAUUAACCCCAUUCGGAAAUUACUAAGAAAAAACGUAAUAAUUGAAAGUAGAAUUUUAAAAAGAUUCUUCGGAUUAAAAUGUUUUCUGUUUAAUUCAAUAAUUGAAAAUUUUUUUUAAUUUUU